AUGGCUUGGGACUUGGAGAUCGGUACGCCUUGCUGGGUCGCAACUGGUGAUGUUGAGAUGCACAGACAAAGUGUCACGCCUCGUCGAGCUACCCCCAAGUACUUUGAAGUCCCAGACAAGAUCGACAUGCCUGGAGCAAUAUACGACGACCUUCUUGAAGAUGUUCGAGAAGGUCUGGAGGAGAUCUUUGAGCACCCAGGCUCCCGUGCACCAUUCAUACCAGGGUAUCAAGAUCGUGCUGAUGCGAUCGCGCGUGCGAAGCUGUUGCGAGAACACGGCCAGAAAUGCCCGAACGUCAUGAUGGUGCAUCUCAGGCCUCCCUCUGGAGUCAUCUGCCAUCGAGAGCUGAAUGUCUAUGCGCGCAAGGUUGCUUACAAUGGCGAGGGAUUGAGAGUGGCGAAGAAGAAGGUUUAUGUGAUCUGUGAGCCUUUUACCAAGAGAAACAUUAAUCGAGUCGAGCCAGUCCAGUUUGAGUGA